AAAAACCCAAAAUGUUUCACUUUAUGAAGGAGACAAAGUUCGUGAAAUUCUUGAUGAAAUAAGCAUUUUACAAGAUCACAUUGAAUCUUUAAACAAUCCAAGUCUCGACGACCUAAAUAAUCCUGACGAUGUUUUAAAACUUUAUCAUUCCCAAAGAUCCGAAAAAAUCAAAUUCUUUGCAAUUCAAGAAUUACCACUGUCUCAAGAAACGAGAUUAAAAUUAUCUGAAAGAGAAAGAAUUUUCCAUUCAAAAUAUAGCGAUUUGUUGAGAAGAUAUAAAUGUGAAUAUCCACCCUCGCUUAAUUUGUCUGCUACUCUAGUACCCCCCAAAGAAGCUCUGACUGCUGUUCGAGUGCUUAAGGAUAUUGGUGAUUUAAUGACACAAAACGGAUAUGUCGAAUUUCGGAAAGGAACUCAAGCGAUUGUUAGGAAAGCCGAUCCCACUAUCGAAAAAUUAUUAAAAUUAGGGUAUCUAAAAAUAUGA